GUCUGUCCAGGUCCCGAAAUUUGCUGUCUGUUGCUAUCAUGGCCGAAGCAAGAGAGGGCGGUCCACUUGCCACUUUUCAGAUCCUCAACCCCUAUCCGGACAUCUACGCCUACUAUGACGGCCGUACCGGGGAACGAUUCCACUCGGACCGACCCAAUUGGCUCGAUGACGGCGCAUUUGCUCUCGGCGUAGCAACAUACUCCAUUAUCAGCGGCACCGAAGCGCUCAUCUACGACGCUCACAUCACCACCACCCAUGCGGCCGCUAUGCAGCGCCACAUCCAAGGCCUGGGCGUCACCAAGACAACCAUACUAUACAGCCACUUCCACGCCGACCAUAUCGCUGGUGCUCCAGCUUUGAGAAAUACCAAUUCCACUUUCAUCUGCCAACGCAUCACAGCCAGCAAACUUGACGAGACUAAAGACGAACUCGCUGAGGACGAUCCUCCCAUCCCGGACGUCGUGAUCCCAACUACGCUUUACUCGGACCAGCUGGACCUUAAGAUAGGCGACUUGACUGUUGAGCUGCACAACUUCAACAUUCAUACUCGCGAUGGGACCGUCCUAUGGCUUCCAUCCCAGCGCCUCCUCUUCGCGGGUGACACCCUCGAGGAUACAGCAACGUAUAUCUCGGAAGCGGAAAACUUGCCAACCCACCUGAACGAGUUGCGGCGUAUGGCGGAUCAGUUCCCUGAAUCUAAGAUUCUACCUGCCCAUGGGAGUCCCGAGCGCAUCGCAGCAGGCGGGUAUGGGACGUCGCUUAUUCAAGCAACGAUACGGUAUAUUGAAGUGAUGACGGAACCGAUAGAGAGGCCCAAGGCGUGGGAGCAGAUGUUGGAAAAGGUUGUGGAGGAGGAUGUGGAAAGGGGGGACUUGAUUUAUUUUGAAGAAUAUGAGAGAGUGCAUAGGGAUAAUAUGGAGGUGAUACGGGAGGCUCGGCGGGAGGCUGCUCAGGUUUGA